AUGCCGUCCAAAACGGCCAAACUGGCAAAGCUCGACUUCAAGGAGAAGCUCAUCCAGUCCGGAAAGGGCGGAGGUCAGGAGGCACUCCUCAAGCGUCUCAAGCUCAAGGACCUCGAGCAGGACGGGACAGAUCUCAAGUCGCUGAAUGCAGUGCACAAGCAGCUCAUCGACCGCAUCAUCCUUCACCAUAAGGACCGCGGCGUCAAGGCGUAUGCUGCGUGCUGCCUCGCAGACCUCUUGCGUCUGUACGCGCCCGACGCGCCCUACACCGGCGACGAGCUCCGCGACAUCUUCCAGUUCUUUGUCGUCCAGAUUACCCAAAACCUCAAGUACCAGCCGGGCACGCGACCGCUCGCGCCGAGCAAGAAGAGCAAUGACGCCCAGUCUCAGCCGUCACAGGCGACGCGUAUCAACGAGAUCCCCUACUACAACGAGUACUCGUAUCUCCUCGACAACCUCGCGUCGAUCAAGAGUGUCGUUCUUAUCUGCGAGCUCCCCAGCGCCGAUGACCUCAUCACGACGUACUUUGACAGCUUUGCCGACAUUGUCCGCCCGGACAUGAACAAGCUCAUGGUCCGCAACAUGGCUAGCAUCCUCGCCGAUCUCCUGAACGAGGCCGACACCGUCCCGACUGGCGUCAUGGACUGCAUCUUUGGCCAGUUUGAGAACUACGGAACUAGCGCGCUCAAACUUCAACGCCCGACGUUUGCGCACUUCUCCGAGAUCCAGCUCUCGCACGGCCGCGACCCGAGUCCGAGCGACCUCAAGAUCCUCACGUCAUCCCACCAGCUCCUCCUCACCAUUUUCCGCCACGCCCCGAACCUGCUUCUGAACACGAUUCCUCUGCUCGAGGAGAACCUCCAGGCGGCCGAGGAGGUUCCCCUCCGUGAGCUGUCCACAAAAACACUCGGCACCAUGCUCGGAGAGCGGCCACAGAUUGGCAACUCGUCCGUCGACAUGGCGCGUGCCUUCCCUUCCGCCUGGCGUCAGUGGCUCGGACGAAGAGUCGACAAGGCUCUUCCCGUCCGACUCGCUUGGGUCGAGGCAGCCGCUACGAUCCUUGUGAAUCGGCCUGAGCAUCGCGAGGUUAUUGAGGGUGAGUUGCAAUCCCUCCUAGAGGAAACUGACACCCAGGAUAUCUUGUGGACCGCAUUCAGGACGCCGAUGAGCGGCCAGCCACUGCUCAAGGCAGUCGGAGGGCGAAUGAGCGACAAGAAGUCGUCGGUACGAGCUGAGGCUAUCGACGCUCUCGCCAAGCUGUGGCACAACGCCUUCACCGAAAUCGAGGAGGCCGCCGAACAGUUCGGGUGGAUUCCGCAGGAGAUGCUGUUGACUCUGUUCCGCAAGGAUGUCACCCCGGAGCUGCGUGGUCAAAUCACUGUCGCCUUCAAGACCAAGAUUCUGCCGCUGCCGGCCAAGCCCGACGACGAGCAGGCCUGGGUCGACAAGUUCUUGCAGGUGACCUCGCAGCUGAACGACAACGCGUUGCGUGCCCUUGACCGUCUGACCGGCUUUGUUGGCUACAGCCGGGGACACUCGCCGUGGAGGGCAUUCGUCGACGCUUGCGAGGACAACAAUGGCGGUAUCGCGGACAAGGAGCAGGGCGAUCUCGUCAAGCAGCGCAUGCACUACGUCUUCAACGCCAUUGCCGCCAUGCUGUUUGGCGAUCAGGACAAGGCGAGGAAGGACAUGGAGACGUUCGCCGCCGCGAACGAGCCCCGCAUGUACCGCAACUUCCGUGCGAUUGUCGACCCGCAGUCCGACCUCCGUACAAUCGUAAAGGCGCGCGCUGAGCUUCUGCGCCGCAUCCAGCAGGCCCACAGCGGUAUCUACGACACGUUCACGACGAUCAUCGAGGCCGCUGGCUGGAACCUCAUCAACCACUCGAGUAUCGGCGGCUUCAUCAAGCGCCUCGUGAAGCCGGAAGGAAGUAACGCCGCUCGUGUCUCUGAGAUUGCAGCUCGCUACCUCGCUCUCAUCGCCAAGGAGUGCGCGCCGAUGUACAAGAGCCACGUUGACCAGCUCGUCAUCGCGAUGAACGACAAGAAGAACGACACCCUCGUCGAGGUCGCGCUUCAGUCGCUCGCUGCGCUUUGCAAACUCGACAAGGACGCCGGGCCGAAGGACAAGAAGGUUAUUGAGCGUGCGGCGAAGCUGGCUCUUACGGGAACACCUCGGCAGGCCAAAUUUGCUUCGCGCUUCAUCGCCAACUCUGGGGAUUCCGAGGCCGCCACGGAACUCGUCACUGAUCUUCGUGACGGUGACGACGAGCACAUUCUUCCCUUGCUCCGGUCAGCGGCUGAGCUCGCAAUGUCUGCGCCUGUUGCUUUCGAGACCAAGACGACCGAGAUCAUCGGCUUCGUCAUGAACGAGGUCAUGCUGCGCAAGUCGCCCUCCGAGGAGGUCGAGGACGACCGAUGGGUGGAGGAAGACCAGCUCGACAACCUGGAUCGCGCAAAGCUGGAGGGCAUGCGCGUCAUCACCCACCGUUCGCUCGGCUGGGCUCGCGACGAGCAUGCUCUGGAGCUCGUGGACCCGACAUUCCGUCUCCUGACGACCAUCAUUAAGAAUCUUGGUCAGGUCAGCGACAUGACGGCAGAGGGCCCGCAGGCGCGGCUCCACAUGCGACUGCGUGCGACACUGUGCCUCAUCAAGCUCGCGAAUGUGCGCCUGUUCGACCGUCACAUGACCAAGUUCUUCCCCGACAUUGCGUUCAUGCUGCAGGACGAGAACUUCACGGUGCGCAACCGUCUGCUGAAGAAGCUCGCCGAGGUGCUGCCGACACAACGCCGACUGCCGCGCUGGAACAUCCUGCCUGUGCUCGUUGCGCAGGACCCGGAGGUCGAGAACGUGGCGAUUGCCAAGAAUCUGAUCCUCGCCAACAUCCGCACCUGCGCCUCAUUGGCUUCGAAGGCCGAGGAGCUGGACCACGCUCAGAUCCAGCGCAUUCUGGAGAGCGGCACAUCUCGAGCCCAUCCCGCCAAGGACGAGGACGGAGAUACACCGAUGUCCGAGUCCGACAGUGGCACUUCACCAACACUUAACUUGUACAAGCUUGCCGAGCUCGCCCAGAUUAUCAUCAAGGCGCGUGCACACCACCACGGCUGGAACAUCACCACGUCCUCCGUGACCGUCAAGCUUCCUCGCGACAUCUUCCACAACCUCCCUGACCCGGCCACGGCGCGCCACGUCGCGUCGCAGACGUAUCUCCCGCUCGCUAUCGAGGAGUGGGCGCAGGGUCUGGGCCGCAAGCCCGUUGCAACACGACCCGAGAGGAAGAAGCGCGAGCGCCCCGCGCGUAGCCCGAAGCCGCGAAAGCAGCGCAAGGGUGGCCGCCGCGCCGCGCGUGACAGCGACUCGGAGUCGGAAUCUGACUCUGACCUGAGCGAGGACGAGGAUGAGGAGGGCGAGAGCGCAGAGGAGAGCGCAGAGGAGGAGGGGAACGCGGUGAUGGGCCGCGGAGGGCGGCGCAGUGCCAAGGUCCGCGCGACGCGGAAGGUGCAGAAGAAGAAGAGGAAGGAGCGGAAGCGCGAGCGCAGCGUUUCGGCGAAGAGCGACGCCAGCGGCCUUAGUGAGGCGAGCGAGCUCAGUGCGCUCAGCAGUUAG